AUGCUUGUGGUUCAGGAUGUUGGGAAUCAGGUUUCUCUUGGCCCCGUGCGGCCUGGUACUUGGUUUUUUGCUGCUUUGCAGCUCGUUGGGCAUCCUCUUCCCGAGUUGGGCGAGACUUGCUCGCAUCUGUCACCUCCUUACCCUUCUGUUCCCGGCAUCUUUUCUGCUCGGCUGCAUUGGGAAGCGCUUGUUGGGGGGAUGGCUGAGGAGGUUGGCGAGGAAAAGUCCUUGGAACUGCUGGGUUCCUUAAUUCUCCAAGAGGUAAAACUGACCUUUGGUGUCAAAACUGAGAUUGAAAAUCUAACAAACACACUUUCCACGAUCCAAGCUGUGAUCUUAGAUGAGGAAAAGCAGAGUUCUCAUAGUCGUCAAAUCAAAGACUGGCUCAGAAAGCUCAAAGAUGUCCUCCAUGAUGCAGAUGACUUGCUGGAUGAUUUCUUCACUGAAGUCUUGCGGCACAAAGUGAUGACAAAAAGGGUACGCCUUUUCUCUUCAAGUUCAAACAGUCUUAUUGCUUUAAGUCCUAAGAUGGCCAAUGAAAUAAAAGCAAUUAGGGAGAGACUAAAUGCCAUUGCAAAAGACAAAGAGGAUUUCCACUUUAUUCAAAGUUCCCUUGAGCCACAAGUUAUGAAUAGGGACAGGGAAACUUAUUCUUUUGUAUUGGAAGAAGAAAUAUUUGGGAGAGAGAAAGAUAAGAAAGAAAUCAUAGAACAUCAUUUUGAUGGCAAUGUCUUAGAAAAUAUUUCUAUAAUUCCAACAGUUGGUAUUGGAGGAUUGGGGAAGACAACACUAGCUCAACUAGUAUAUAAUGAUGAAAGUGUCAAAAGCAAAUUUGAGCUAAAACUUUGGGUUUGUAUUUCUGAUAUCUUUGAAGUAAAACUAAUUGUUAAAGAAAUUUUAAAACAACUAACAAAGGAGAAGUUUGUAGAAAGCCUUGUGAUGUUGCAAAAUCAGCUUCGAGAAAAUCUAAAUGGGAAAAAAUACUUGCUUGUCUUGGAUGAUUUGUGGAAUGAGGACAAUAAUAAAUGGCUUCUCUUGAGAAAUUUGUUAAUGGUUGGUGCAAGGGGAAGUAGACUAAUGGUGACCACACGCUCGGAAAGGGUAACAAGGACAACAAGGGCAACUUCAUGGUAUGCUUUAAGAAGCCUACCUGAAGAAAAGGCUUGGGGUUUGUUUGUAGAAGUGGCAUUUGAGCAAGGUCAACUACCAGAGAAUGAAGCCUUUGUAAGUUUGGCAAAGGAGAUUGUCGAGAAGUGUGUUGGGAGCAAUGAUGAUGAUGUUAAUGAGCCACACCAUCUCUUACUUCCAUCAUUUCCUCAUCGUCUUUCCCAGUUAAAGAUUCUUGGAUGCCCUAACCUGACUUGCAUGCCCCUGUUUCCAUAUCUCAAAGAAGAGCUAACAUUGGAUGGAGCUAGUUUGAAGGAAUUGGAGCAGGGAAAGGAAAUGAAAGCGAAAAUGGGUGCAGCAACCACAUCAACCUCUUCCUCCUCCUCUUCAUGCUACUUUCCUCUCUCUCGAUUACAAUCUUUGUGGUUAAAGAAUGUUAACCAUUUAGAAUCUCUUCCAAAGGAGUAG